AUGGAGGUUCAGCCGAUGUUUUACGAAAAGGGGACAGUUGUAGAGACUGCCACAGGUAACAAAGUCAGCCGGCGUGGCACACAUUUAUUUGGAAGCACAAAUAUUGUAUUAAGCGGUAAAUCUAUUAUAAUGGAUGGUUGUAUUUUACGAGGAGAUCUAAAUAGUGUGCGUAUUGGAAAAUAUUGUGUUAUUGGAGAAAGAAGUAUAAUUCGGCCUUCCUUUAAAGCAUUUAGCAAGGGUCUUACUUAUUUUCCGGUUCAUAUUGGCGACUAUGUUUUUAUUGAGAACGAUUGUGUUGUUAUGGCUGCCCAAAUUGGAUCAUUUGUGCACAUUGGAAGCAACGCAAUUAUUGGUCGUAGCACUGUUUUAAAAGACUGCGUUCAAAUUUUACCGGAUGCUGUAAUACCUCAGGAUGCAGUGAUACCACCGUUUUCUAUAGUGGGUGGUAAUCCAGCAGUUAUCGUCGGGGAACUGCCGCCGAGUACACAAGAUCUCAUGAUGCAAGCGAACAAAAGUUUUUACGAGAACUUUGUGCCUUCUACUAAAAAAGCAUAA